UUGUUCUACACCGCUUUCCGGUUCCAUCCGAAUACUCACGCGCACACACACACUCACAGUGUCGGACAUGGGCGCGCGUGUAGGUCGACUGUACAAAAACUUCAAUCUGGAAGCUCGUGCGCAUCGCGAAAUUGGUAAAAGCAAACCGGAAGCGGCGCCUCGGCAUCCGGUACCAAUUAACCAGAAUAACAGCGUCCCUCCCGUGAGUGAGAUCCAACGAAAGGAUGAUCUGCUACUGAAUCGUCUUAGAGAAAUCUAUGUGGAUUCUAAAGACCCACAAAUACCGGCAUUAGCAGGUUUGAGGAGGCUGCAGCAGGUGGCUCUUCGCCCCCUCAGCCCCUCACUGGUGCCCCCUGGAGUGUGUGAUGUCACUGAGGUGCCCAAGGGGAAGAUGACCAUUGUAGAGGCGCUAACUGCACUAAACAAGCACAAGCUAUCGCCUCAGGAGUGGCCGGCUGAGAGGAUAGCGCAGGAGCUAACGCUAACACACAGCGACGCCUGUGCACUAACACACUACUUCAUUCCCUUUAACAUUAAAGUCAUUAAAGUCCCCCGGGCUGACCAUACAGACACACACACACUUAAUGACUCCUAAAACACACACACACACACACACACACACACACACUAGAUAUAGUUUUGCUGAAAUCUGACUGUUUCAUGAGUGUUUGAUGUAAUUCGAAUCAAUAUGAAAUUCUACAGUCAUUAUUAUAUUAAAGAGAAAAAAAAGAACAAAGUGUUACUCAGCUACUUACGAGGCUUUCGAGUGUGAGGUAAACCCUGCACCACAGUGCACUCACACAAACACACAACCUCACAGCACACAUGAAUUGUCACACACAUACACAAAUGGGGUUUCAACCUGGAGAAAAUAUGGAGAACCUGUAGAAAUCCCAGCUCAUCACAGAUUAUUCAGUGUUCUGGAGUGAUGUAGUAGAGUGUGUGUGUGUGUGAUGUGAAUGAGAUCUGCUGAGAGUUCAGGAAAAAACACUACUCAUUAGAGGAAUCCCCUUAUGACAUCAUCAGGCUUGUUAGAGGAGUCACAGUAAACAUCAGUGUGUGUUUGUGUGUAAUCAAUCACACACACUUUCUCUCCAAAGGCCAGUGCUGCUGCUGUUGCGAGGUAACAGAGUUGAUGUUGGAGAGAUACUGUGUUUUUAUUAUGAAUAAAUCUCAGAAACACAAUCAGG